AUGGUCCAAAAUCUAGCAUCAAUUCCCCAUGAGUUGUUCCGGGAGGUCGUCUCCUUGCUGCUGCUUCCGGACCAAGCAGCACUCGCCCGUACCUGUAAGGCCCUCAAUCAUCUCCUAACGCCUGUCGUUUGGAGUGAGAUCGAACUGCACCACAGCGGUACACACGAGGGCAUCGAUAUUGAAGGAGAGAUCAGCGACUUCACAAGCGGAGAUUCUGCCAAACGUAUGGCAAGAGAGCUAGCUGAUGAUCCCGCAUAUCCCUACAAACAGCUGAUAUUUGGGCCUUCGGAGCGCAAGUACUCUGAGUGUAGCUUCAAUCCGCCUAGAUGGAAGCAUUCAUAUGAGCGUAGGACGGACCGCAGAUAUACUGUUCCCAAAAGCAGGGCGGCAUCUUUCAGUGGGAAUAAUAAUCAAUUCACGAGGGAGGAAAAGCUGAUGCGUGUCCGGAAGCUCGUUUCUGAGGAGCGUUGGAGUCAGUUAGCACAACACGUACGGUCGCUGUGCAUGUCAAUUGGUGUCGAUGCCGAAGUAAUGGAUAUGAUUUCGAGUUUAAAGAGCUUGAGAUCUCUCGAAGUUGUUGGGCUUUGCAAGAGGGAAGCGCAUGCACCGACAGCACCAGACGCGGAAUUGCCUGAGCUUGAAAAUCUCAAGCUACGUGGGUACUUCUCAGCAGCUUGGGUCAGAAAGAUUUGCAACAACGCUGCGCGUAUCAAGUACCUUGAUCUAGGUAUACUGGCAACACCGACAGAUGACGCGGCUUACGAGGAAACGCUAUUCGCCAACAAGAGCUCAGUGCCCAUCACAGAGAAGCAGGCUGAGCACUAUCAACGCAAUGGAGCCGAGGCUACAGCAAUGUCAACACAGUUGGACAGGGCGGAAUCUGCUUCGCAAGAGACGGACAGUGGAGUGGAUGGUGCAGGUAGUGAUGACGAAGAAUUUGACGACGACGAACUACCCUUGGUCAUGCAUGGGGCGAUUUGGCUGCCCAGGUCGUUACCAUCGAAGCUAACAGCCCUCACACAUUUACACCUGGUCAAGCCGUAUACCGGCGAAACCGCCCGAGAUGCGCAUGAUAGCUUCAGGCAAAUUCCCCACCAAUACGAACAGGUCCUCUGUAUGGAAUGGCGCUUCCUCCUCGAAGGUGUUGGGGCCACGCUGAAAGAGCUUAUUCUUGAGCACCGCAUUCCCAUAGAUAUAGGGGACAGUGUCGGCGACGGUGACCCAUUUCCAGAGUACAAGGGUUCACGACGCCAGCUACAAAACGAAAACCUGUCGAGCGCCCCUGACCGUGGGGAUGUGCUCUUUUGCAGAUCUAUACUACGACUUCUUCUGGAGCAGAGCAACCGUUUCUCGAAGCUCCAGCACCUUGCCCUUAGGGGAAUACAAAUCAAAGGUAUCCCAACUAGGAGAGCCAGCGGCGACAGACCAGGAAAACACGGAGCACUAGACAACGACGAGCUGUUACGGAAGACUUAUCCUGAUUGCGAUGUUGAGUUUUUCGAAGAUGCAUACACCAUUCACGUUGACUCCGAAUACUAUGGCAACCUUGAAAUUGGCGCCGGAGCCGUGCAGGACGAAGGUGAUGGGCUCCUCUGGAGUUUGUGGUUUUACAAUGAUUACAAGAAGAGAUUUGGACCUCAAUGGAAGAUACUUGACUAA